AAGAUAAAUGUAAAUGAUCGUUUGACAGUUGUAGAAUUAACGCGAAUUUUUGAGUAUUCCAUACAAAAUUGCGAAAAAUGUCGAAUGUGUUUUGGGAAAAUUUAAACAAGUUGUUGCCAAUACUUUUACUAUCUGUUUUAAAAAACAGCGAGUGUUCUGUGAGUAGCAAUGAGUACAUGAAACGUGAGCAUUCAUUGAUACGUCCAUUUCAAGGCGUUGGCGUAAAUUUACCCUAUUGGGAUUUCUUAGGUCACACUAUGGUGACCAGUAACUACAUAAGACUGACGCCGGACUUGCAGUCUAAAAGCGGUGCACUUUGGAAUUACUCGCCCGUAAUGACGCGUAAUUGGGAGUUGCAUGUGACAUUCAAAGUACACGGUAAAGGCAAUGAACUGUAUGGGGAUGGUUUUUCGAUUUGGUACACCAAAGAACGUAUGCAACCAGGCCCUGUUUUUGGCAGCAAAGAUUACUUUUCGGGUUUAGCGGUGAUUUUAGAUACAUACAGCAAUCACAACGGUCCACAUAAUCACCAACAUCCCUACCUCAGUGCUAUGAUUAAUAAUGGCACCUGGACUUAUGAUCAUGAUCGCGAUGGUACACAUACACAACUGGCAGGUUGUGAAGUGCGCUUCCGCAAUGUGGACUUUGAUACACAUGUGAGCAUACGUUAUGAGAAUGAUAUACUUUCCGUUUCUACGGAUAUGGAGAAUAAGGGUGAAUGGAAGAAUUGUUUUGUGGUGAACGAUGUUGAGUUACCAACCGGCUACUUUCUGGGUUUGUCCGCGACUACUGGCGACCUCUCGGACAGCCACGAUAUACUUGGCGUCAAGUUUUACGAUCUGGAUAUAAAUGUUUCGCCAGAAGAAAUUGCAUCACGUUCUAGUAUUUUACCGCGUGCGAAAACAUAUGAACCGCCACGGGAGCACAAGGACGAUCCUAAACCGGGUAUGUCGAAUGCAAAGAUUUUCUUCAUACUCUUAUUCGGUAUGUUGAUUACAAUCGCCGGUGCCAUUUUUGCAAUCUCCUAUUUCAAAGAGAAAAAUUCAAGGAAACGUUUCUACUAAAACACAUCACACAUACACAUCUAUACACUUACCUCUCUACUUCCACACCACUGAGCAGGCAUUAAGACUUUUUUCCUUAGCAAAUAGUUAAAAACAAAAAGUUUAAUAUAACAUCGAUAAAUUGUAAUGAGCAACAAACACGUUUGUUGCAACGACACUAAAUAAUUUAUUAUGUAUUUAAAUUAAAAAAAAUCUUUUGUAUUGUAAUUUAUAGCUGCUUGACAAAUAACUGCAAGGAAAUUCUGUUUUAGUCAAAGGAAAAAGUCAUUGUCAUUGCAGUUUAUUUGUUAGGUUAAUUUUUUUUGUUUUUUUUUUCUUUUUAUAAUUUUUUUUACUGCACAUUAUGCAGUUAUUCCAUCGAUUAUUUAUGAUUUUUACGAUAUAAAUAUAUCAUACAAUUAGCAUGAAAUAUAUUAUGUAAUUGUAAAUAAAAUAUAGAAAUGUACAAAAAUA